UCCACACACACACACCCUCAUACACACACAGAGCACAGAAGACGGAAGAAGCUGAGUCAGAAACGUCCCCCCUUUCACACACACACUUACAUGUGUAUAUGGAUAUGUGGCAUUCCUAGACACCAUCUCUAUCUCUCUCUCUCCUUUACUUUACCUUUGGUUGUGCUCUCUCCCUCCCUCUUUCCCUCUUCCCUUCUCGUUCUCUAGUUUUCCUUCUGCUCUGCCUGUCGCUGGCAGUUGUCUGAGAGAGUGUGUGUUGAAGAAAACAGAAGAGAAGAGGUGCAGAACGGGUCAGGAUGCUGUGGACUCUGCAGAUGUAUGCGUCUACAGGUUUCCCUCAGGGCUGACUGAAGACAAGACAAAAACACUCGAGGCACCAGGAUCCUAACACACAGCUUGUCUGUUUUUUAUGCAUCUCCUUUGGUUCUCAAAUCGGUCCAUCAGUUGUUCAUCUUUGUCCUCCUUUUUGGUGCUUUUCCACGGGUUAUUUUGGAAGCCACCCAGAAGAGAAAAUGAGGUCCAGGUUGCCUCAAGCCGCUUUGCAGCCCUUUAUUCUAGGACUGUUGCUGUCACUGGUGGACGCCAAAGGAACCUUCUAUGGAACAGGCCAUGGGAACCCGCUCUAUGGAGGAGGCCAUGGCAACAGAUACAACCUGUACAAGUCUGGAGUCAACUCACACUACACCCCGGGCAAACCCUUGGGCCGUCACAAAAACCACUGUGCGUAUGUGGUCCAGAAGAACAUCACAUGUACGAUUGAGGACGGCAUGGCCACCUAUGUGAAGGCAGAGUACACAACCAAGUGCAUCUGGGGGCAGAAGUGUCCUGUCGUCAUGUACCGGACCUUCUACAAGCCUAAGUAUAAGGUGGGCUAUAAGAGAAUUACUGCGCUGGAGUGGAGGUGUUGUCCUGGCUACUCUGGGGAGAACUGCUACGAUGGACCUACCUCUCUGCCCCCCUUCAAAGGGGGUGCCCCACACCGACCAGGGAUCAAGGGGUACCCCCAUGGGCACCCCCAACCUCCCCUGAUCCAAAAAGCUGUCCCUGGUGGGGCUAAUCUGGAGCCAGGGAGCCCCUUCCCAAAUCAGCCUGAUAGCAGACCCAUCCCCACUGGACAACUGCCCACCGGGAACGGCAAACCCAACUAUGUUGGUGGAGACCGUCUCGAUCGUAUGGAGGAGGACCUGCUUCGUCUGACCCAGGAUCUGGACAUUCUGAACGGGGUGAUGGCCAGCCUAGAAGACCGCCUGCACCUCUCUCUCCGGGAGGAUACAAAAAAUAUGCUGGGCUCCCUGCUCUCCACCGUCCCCCGUCUUUCAGACACCUCUGUUGGCUUUGGGGUGAUCCCAGACGGGACCCCAGAUGGCCUGGAGGGGGGAGAGGGACUCCCUGGGUUUGGAGACCUGGCUGGGAGGGUGACAGAGGUAAAGGAUGAGCUCAAAGCCAAAGGACAUGUGCUUGAGGAGAUACAGGGCAUGGUUCUGGGCCAUGAAGGGCAGCUGAAAAAGCUGUUGGAAGCUGCGACUGGCAGGCCCAUCACUGGGUCAGUCUCUCCCUCCACCCUGGAGGAGCUGCUGGAUGCUAAACUAGCAGGUGUCCGCGCUGACAUCCUGGACGGCUUUGAGAGGCGUCUGUCUGGCCUGGAGAACCACUGUGAGGAGAGGAUAGGAGAGGUCCAGAGACAGUGCCAUAAUGAACACAUGAACGGCCAGGAACACAUACAGCAGUCUCUGGACGGCAGAGAAACUGGACUGAGAGAGGAGCUGGGUAACCUGCAGGCCCAGAUACAGGGACUGACCCUCACUGAGAGCUGCUGUGGACAGCAGGUGAACAGCCUGUCGCAGAGGAUGUUGAUGCUGGAGGAGUCAGUGAAGGGUUUAAAAGAGUCCCAGCUGGAGAUUCAGGCUUCUCUCACUGACCAGACCAUCCACAUUGAGACCCUGAUAGAGGCCCGUCUGGAAGACAUAGAUGCCAGGCUCAACGUCACCGAGUCUGGGGACGUAUGGGUUGGCAAGGUGCCUGGGGGUCUGGAUGGCUUCAAGACCCUGCUGAAGGACAAGCUGAAGUCCCUGGAGGAGAGGGUGUUUGUUGCUUUGGAGGAGCUGAGUAACACCACCGCCCCAGCUCAACUGGAGGGUCAGGUGAUGCCCGCCCUGGAGACAGAGAUUGAGUCGGUCAGGAGGAGGGUGGAAGGAGACCUGGACUGCAUCCAGAGGAAACUCACAGACCUGGAGCUCCUCUGCACCUCCUCCUGCUCCCACGCCGCUCCCCCUGGAGGAGGCGCACGCACAGGCCUAGUGGACGAGUGUGAGGCGGUGGAGAAGAAGGUGUCAGGCCGUCUGGACUCCCAUGCUGACCAGCUGGGCCGUCUCAAUACCACCCUGCAGACCCUACUGAACCGCAUUGCCCAGGAGGACGAGGAAGGCUCUGUCCAGGGAGAGAUCACCCUCCUCAAGAUCAAAGUCAACUCAGUCAACCGCACCCUGAAGGGCCUGAGGGACUCUGUUAGCCUGUUCAGUAAGGAAGUGGGCCAUGCUAACGCCACGUGGACACACAGGGAGAAUCAGCUAGCCACCCAGGUCCAGGGUAUCACCCAGCUGGUGGGGCGCCAGGCCUACCUCCUGGGGGCCGGGGAGCACCGACUAGCCCAGCUGAAGGGGGAGCUGGUGAGCAUGAGGAGGAGACUGGCUGGGGAGCUGCAGGGCUGCCGGAGUACGGCCCUGGGGGUGCAGAGGGAGGUGGAGGAGGUGGAUAGUCGAGUGGCCCAGGUGGAGGGACAGUGCGGUAGCCUGGGGGAGCUGGCGGACAACCUGGAGAGGAUCAGGACAGAGCUGGAGAGACACUCAGACUUGCACCUGUCACAGGUCAAAGGAACGAUGGCCAGUCACUCUACACAGCUGGCCAAACUGAAGGGAGAAAUGAAAGACUGUGUCGGAAAGGGCUCAGCCAAUCAGAGGGGAGACCAGUAACACUUGUGCUACGGAGAAAGACGUAUGUCCACUCAUCUUCCGCUCUCCUUCAUCUGCUCAAAUGGGAAACUUGAGAACAGAUUUAUUCCUGCAUUUUCAGAUCAGUGAAGGAGAGGAGAUGAGUAGAAUAGGCCAUUUGAAGCUAUUGAAAUGCACCCUUGGUUGUAUAGUUGAGCAAUAUUUUCCCUCAAGUUUUUCUUCAAAAGGGGCAUUUAGUUUUUUUCUUAUAGUUUUGUUUUCACAUUUUAUAUUGAUAUUAACUGACUUUUUAACUUAUUUGAAGAAAAUAUGACUGCAUUGUUAUACUGUAUUAGACAUAUUUGUGAAAAAUGAACAACAAAAACAAAGCAAAUGAUAUCCCACUGGGCACAGACGUCAAUUCAAUGUCUAUUCCACAUUUGUUCAACGUAAUUGGAUUGAAAUGAAGUGAUUCAACCAGUGUGUGCCCAGUGGGUUGGGACUAUGGGUUUCUACCCUGCAAGCACACUCUACUCUCUGUGUGGACUGUCCUUUAAAAAUACUCUAUGUCAAUAUGAAAGGUGCUACACAUUUGGUUAACAUUCAUUUUUGAGUAUUUCUCCUUAAAGGUCCCAAACAUCAUCAAAAUGACUGUUGCUUCUACAUUGAUAAAGUUGGAUCAUAAAGUCACUGGUCCCCUCCCCCAUGUCAAACGCUUGGAUUCAGGAGGCAGGCCAGAUGCUCCUUCCUCUAUCUCUGGACAGGCAUAACCAAGGCUUUACUUCCGGCGUUAUGCAACGUCACAUGAAGCAGGAAGUGUAAAACACCAUGUCAUAUCAACAUAUUAUGUUCUGCCUUAAAACCGACAUCACGUGCGCCUUCGCUUUGAUUUGGUCUUGUUAACAAACCAUAAGCCAGUAUCUCGCUCAAACAGAACGUAUGAAGACAUCAGAUAGCAGUGGCUGAUUUUCAUUUUGGGUGGGCAGGCGGCAGCUUUACCAAUUGGGAAGAACAUUCGAUGAGUCGUGCCAAGAAGCUAGUCCUGAAAACGAAAUGCCAUCAUAGACAGUGGAUCUUGCAAGCGCUGACCGUAAUGCUACGUAGAGAGGCUCCUGGGUCUCCUCUUCAAUGAGAUCACCUUUGAUCCAGCUCCAUAGGUGAGGAAGCUGUGCGAGCUGUCCAUCGCAGGACACCUGUCUGCCCAGUGUGAGCUGUUGUCUCCCGCUUCAAUCUUUAGGGUGACUGAAGACAAGUGGGUGACUGAAGCCUGCUUGAUUGAAGUGGGGUAUAUGGGUUCCUCGCCCCUCCCCAUUAAUCUCUGUAGUUGUACUUCCUGAAUCAUAAGUAAUUAACUUUCACGUGAUAUGAUUUUUUUAUAGAAACUUUUUUUAAACCAUUCGGACAGGAGAUGAGUGCUACAAAUUACAUAAAUCAAUGGGUCCUGCACACGGUAGGGUGGCCGGGUGCCUAUAUCAGGCACAUGGCUCGAAUUAUGUAUCUUCUGUCAAAUUAUGUCUCACCAUUACUUCUCACCUUUAUUUCUUGUUGAUCUUUUUGCUAUGCUGGCCUAUCAAAGAAUAUAAAAUAAAUGUCUGAUCUUUGCAUACAA